CUUACAGAAAACAAGCAACAACACAGCAUCUCAAAUUUAGCUGAGAAAGCUGAAAGAUCUGCAUUUUCAUCGUUAACACAGAAAGAGAAAUGCUGACAAGCACGGGACCCAGCAACCAACUUUCAGCAGAGCCUUCGGGUCGUUGCCUCAGAGCUGUCAGGUUUUUCACAGGAGACAUGCGACAGUGUGGAGAGUGGGUGAAAAGGCAGGUUCUGAUAAUCCAGCUGCUGGACGGUAUUUUACGAGGCACGGCUCAGGUCAUGUUUGUCAGUAACCCUGUCAGCGGACUUCUCAUUUUGACUGGCCUGUUCCUGCAGAACCCCUGGUGGGCUCUAAACUCUCUGCUGGGAACUUUUGUCUCCACUGUGUCGGCGAUACUCCUCAGACAAAACAGGGAAGCGAUUUUUGCAGGGCUUCAUGGAUACAACGGGACUUUGGUUGGUAUGCUGAUGGCCGCGUUCUCCUCCAAGGGAAACUGGUACUGGUGGCUUUUGUUCCCAAAUGUGUUCAUGUCCAUGUUGUGCCCUGUAAUCUCCAGUGCUUUGUCCUCCAUUAUGAGCAAAUGGGAUCUCCCAAUUUUCACUUUGCCUUUCAACAUCCUGACUUGCUUACACAUCGCAGCAACAGGAACCACUCACCCAUAUUUUCCAGAGGUGAAAAUUCAACCCAAAGUACAUCUGCACCAUAGCGACUCUCUUGCAAACCUCAGUAUACCACAGCUAUUCUUGUCGGUGCCAGUUGGCGUUGGCCAGGUGUUUGGCUGCGACAGUCCCUGGACGUCGUGUCUCGUCCUUCUGGCCUUGCUGCUAUGCUCGCCAGCUAUCUGCAUACAUGCAUUGUUGGGCUCCACUGCUGGCCUGUGCACUGGACUUGCAUUAGCUGCACCUCUCGAAGACGUCUACGCAGGACUUUGGGGAUAUAACAGUGCACUGUCCUGCAUUGCUAUUGGAGGGGUCUUUUAUGGUUUAACAUGGCAGACACACAUACUGUCUCUAAUAUGUGGUAAGACUGAAAACCGAAUUUAUUACUCUUCAUCAGAGGUAGAAAACCGCACAAUAAAAGGUGUUUUGAUGUCUUUUUCAGCACUUUUCUGUGCAUACGUGACCUCAGCGACGUCAAAACUCAUGUCUGUGGUAAGUUCGAAAGUUUCUUACUUUUGGAGGCCAAUCAUAGACAACGUGUCAUGCUCUCCCACUUCUGUACCAUCCCCUAUCAGCUCGCGUUACCGGCCUGCACGUGGCCAUUUUGCCUGUCGACUCUCAUCUUCCUCCUACUUUCCUCGGAGAACCCGGCCAUCUGCAGGCUGCCCCUGUCCGCUGUGUCCUACCCUGAGGAAAACCGUCACUACCUGAGACAUUUAAGGAUGUCAGAAAAGGCUCUGAGCAGCUGCAAGGGAGAACAGACUCCGGAGAGAAUGGAGGGAUGAAUUCUUAGCCAGAAAUGUGAAAAGCAGUUGCGAUUGGGUCUGUAAGAGAGAUGUUAUUUUGCAUCAGUUUGAAUGUGGCUGUUGUGUUGUUCAUGUUUUCUGCUUAUAUAACCAGAUCAGUUACAUAAAAAUGAGUGUUUUCUGGAUGAAAAAUGUUUUGCUCAUACGCAGUACAUCUUGUGCUCUGCAGGUGGCGACACACAACCACAAAAACAUAAAGCCAGGCCGGAUAGAAAAUCAGGAAGAUGUAAAAAUGCACCUGCACUUUUAGUUGCAAGUUGUUGUGAGUUAUUUCAUUAAGAACAUAAAGUAGUUUCUACCAUGUGUGAAAUCAUUUAGAGCUCCCAUAGGGAGAGGGGAUGUGAGCAUUCUUCUGCUCAUCAUAGCCCAGUUUUGGUGGGUGCUUGUGGAAGAUUUAAUAUUCAUCAGUCUUUCAUCAAUGCAGACAGUAAGCUGUGGGAUAUUUUCCAAAUUGUUCCCCCUGCAAAACCCUUUCUCACUGAAAGCCAUAAUCCAUCACUACAUUCCAAUCUGUCCUCUUGUUUUUCAAUCAUUUCUCUUUGCUUCUCCCUCGAUUCAACCACUUUUUAUGAACCGGUUGUGUCGCUUAUCUUUUGUUUUUCUCUUCAUCAGUUAUCCGUCUUCUCUUCGUCUCUCGGAUGAUAACAGCCAAUCUCGCCCCUUUCAAACAGAGCAAGAAUAUUUCAGUCGUUUUGAAAAGAAGAUGACAGGCUGCACACCAGGAGUUCUGUCUGGGUCGAUGUUUGCCUGUGCAUCUUAAUAUGUCUGUGCCGCCAUUUGGCUGUCUGUCUGUGCAUCUGGUGCACUGAAGUCUGGCCAGAGUGAAAAAUCAGAGCCAGUCACACUUACAGAAAUGUGUGGGAGAUGCAGACCAGGGCGGUGGGGGGAGAGAAAGUGUGAGACAUGACAGGGGGGAUGGAGUUGAGAUUUUUUUUUAUAGUACAUGUUGUUUCUCUUUGUGUUGUUUUAAACUAUGUUGAUUCAUCUGCUGCCCUUUGAAGGGCAGGGUGAGGGUUGGGAGUAGAAUGAUGGGGGAUGAGGUUGGUGUCACAUACUCUGUGCCGGUGCUGUGUGCUCACAGCAGGAUGAAUCAUUUUUUUUGUUUUUUUGUUUCCCGAGUCCCUUGCAGGAAGCACUCGCCAGUCCCAUAAGACUUAGCAACAAGGGAUGAUAGCAGGCUGCAGGGAUGAACUUUCCUCAUCUAUAAAGUCUCUCACAUAAUAGCAGCUACAAGAUCUGAUGGUUCCUCAUAGAGUUUGUGUAUAAAACAAAAAGCCAUUUUAACUUUAAAGGGCAAAACAGUUUUUACGUUCUGUCAGGGUCACAUGUAACAUUGAAUCUGUCUUUUUUCUUAUUGGUUGAUCUCUAACUGUCCAAUCGGUAUCAGGGUUAAAGACAGAGAGAUACUUUGAUUUUUGCUGUUUCAGAAACACACGUAGGUUUUUGUUUGUUUGUUUGUUUGUUUGUUUGUUUUGGGGGUUUUUUUCAACAUCUACGAGGAAUGAUGAACAUAAAACGAGUGUGGACAUUUCUGAGAGACGAUUCCAAAGCCAGAGCCAAGGAAGCUCUCAAAUGGCCUUGGAGAAAGAAGAUAAAGCAGCUUGAUUGGACCAGCCAGUCACCUGACUUGAAUCCUGUUGAAAAUCUCUGGAAAGAACUAAACAUCAGAGUUCAUUGAAGAGGCAGGAGCUUCCAGAUUUAAAGAUAAUGUAGAAGAAUGGGACAAAAUGACACCUGAGCCAUGCCUGCCAGUAGUUUCUCCAAACAGGAGGCAUCUUCAAGAGGUCAUUACCAAAGUAUAUAAUAAAUAUCAGUAAACGUGUUCAAUACUUCUUCCCUAUGUCGUUUCACAUUAUCACACAUAACUUAAUUCCUGAACUUAUUUGUUUUGGUUUCUUUCUAUGUAUGGAUUACUUGGCUUGUUACCCACACCUGGUAAACAUUUUAUGCCAAUAGCAACUUUAGAAAUAUAUUUACCAUGAAAAAUUGCGAUGUGUUCAAUAUUUUUUUAUCCGCUGUAUAAUUGUCACAGUUCAGGUUAAAAAGAAAAAAAAAAUGCUAAUUCAGUCUGGAAAUGUGGUCAAAACAAUCUGAUAGGCGUUCUUAAGUUUAGUUGACAAUAAAAUAAAUACUAC